UGGCAACAACCAGCCAUACCUAUCGCCCAAAAGUACUUGCUUAUAGUCCAUCAACCACUGCUCUCCCAGUCUCUUCAAGUGUAUUCUCCCUUCCUCUGUUUCUCCUCUUCUCCUUCUCUCCAACACCUUAUGGUCGUUUGAUGCUAGUAUCCUUUUAUUUGCAAUAUACGCCUGUCACUCCACCUUUGGCGUCUCUGCUCCCGCUUAACGGCGACCCUGGAUCCUGACCCUCCAUUUUGCUACUCUUCGCUCACCUUCACCACCAUUUUCUUCGUUCUUUGACCAGACUUGUACAGAUGGCUCGCCUCUGCAUUCCUGGGUUCCUUUCCAUGCGAGCAGGCCUACUGCACGAUUCAAGACACAGCUGGCCGUUAGUUCAUUCCCCAGUCGUAUUGUCUACCGUCAGAACCCUCCUGCUACACUCCGCUCCUCUGCUGAGAUACGCAAAGGUCCCUCGAGGGACACCUGUCGACCACUACCACCAGUCGACCGGUGCCCACCAAGCCUCCAAUCCUAGCUAUACAUACGACUCGUGUUCAAAGGGCGAUUGUGCCAGUCGACGCUGGUCCUUGUCAAACCUGUUUCAGGCCGUAAGGCGGUGGAGAAGAAGCGCGUUCGUUUCGGCGAAGCCACGGUCGUCUCCAUCUCCUCGCUGGAUUGAACUGCCCGAUCACAUCUUCGGCGUCUCGUCGUGGUUUGGACACCUGCAAGGGUGGGGCGUAACACCUCUCUCCGAGCCCGACGCGGAUGGUGACUUGAAGUAUACAACUUCUAGGGGCUCCGACUCCUAUGAGAUGCUUAUUUCUCAUGACACGGGCCCUUGUGACGGGCAGAAAUGUGCGUGGAAUGCCCAGGGUCACAUUUGGUGGAGGCACUCCAUGUAGACUCCUCCUAUGGUCUUCGAGGAGUGGCUCACUCCGAGAGAUCAAAUAGAAGAAAGGAGGAUUUGCUUUGUAAGUUAUUCAUUUCGGACUCGGGUCUUUCGUUGUAAGACUCUUGCCCACGUUACUUGCCCCGUAUUCAUUACUAUGACGUUUUAUGUUGUCGUUUAAUUUAUUAAUAUCCCUCUUUCCAUUUUCGGCUGGCUCCGGUCUUCAUUGAAGACCAC